GAAAAACAUUUUGCCCUCUCGACUGAAAUACAACUGCAAAUUUCACUCAGCCGCUUUAAGAAAAAUUUAACCGGCGCUUCAUCGGAAGAGAGAUGGCUAUCACGAAGGAGCAGCUCCUUACUCGUUUACAGGAGCUUCAAAUAGGUUUCUCCCAGUAUGAGCAUCCUGUUGUAUUGACAGUGGAAGCACAGGCGAAAUAUGUUGGGAACGAGAAAGGUGCACUGAGCAAGAAUUUGUUCUUGAAGGACAAGAAACAGAGAUACUAUAUUGUUUCUGCUUUGGCGGACACGAAGGUGGAUCUGAAAGUUCUGUCUCAGAGACUUGGUCUGGGGAAAGGAGGUGUAAGAAUGGCUCCAGAAGAGGCACUUUCAGAGAUUCUUCACGUGCCCCUUGGUUGUGUUACACCCUUUGCACUUGUGAAUGAAUCGGCCAGGAAUGUGUCUUUGUUGUUAGAUAAAGGAUUUAAAAGUCAAGAACGCUGUUUCUUCCAUCCAUUGUCAAAUGACAUGUCAAUUGCUCUAAAUGCCCAUGAUCUUGACAAGUUUCUGAAUUCUAUUGGAAAACCCCCUGCAUAUGUUGAUCUGGAGGCUACCCCUACUGUAGGGAAGGAUCAACCUCCAGAUCUAGCUGGUCUUGUCCCAUCUGAUUCACCAGUCUCAGCCGAUCCUCUUGUAAAACAGGAAUCUUCUAAAGGUCUGGAGAAAAAUCACACAUCCUCAGAUAAGCAACCAGUAAUUGCCGCAGGGGCGAAACCUGCAAAACCAUCCAAUACUUCUACAAAGGAGAAACCAUCUGGCCCGGUAAACACGUCGAUCACUUACGCUGACCCUAAUAAAUUUGUUGAAGAGAUUCUGGAACAGACUAGAACCAUAGUUCUCUCAGAGAUAAAGGAGGAGGAGAACAUAGAGAAAUAUCGGGAGCAACUUGCAACUAUUGUUUCUAACAAUAUAAGCAAACAACUUAGCAUUGAGCUGAAGAACCUUGCUAUAAUAUUCAAGAACACAGCAUAUACAGAAGGCUUCAAAGCUGGUAUUCAUCAUCAGCCGAAGAGAAUGUAAAGUUGUCCUCAUUUACAGAAAAUGCAUAGAAACCAAUUAUCAGAGGAAAAGUUAACUGGUGAAAUAUGAACAGAAAUGUUUGGUUUCAUUUUUUUGUAUGCAAUUCGACUCGAGUGAUGUGAUUAUUUAAUCAGAUAUAUGACACAAUUCUUAAUUUUAA